AUGGGUCAUGCGCGUUUUGUCCGCGCGAGUUGGCAAAACGGAGACCAGAGCAGCCAGAGGCAGCAAAGCGCCUUUCAGCUUGCUGUCCACUUCUCUGGUGCUCUUGCUGUCUCCACACUCACCAUGCGGAGUCACUCGCGCCCGAAUGAAGUUCCCAUAGCCAGGCGAAGGAGAAUGCUGGAACGACCGCGGCAGCAGUUCCGCUCCCAAACCGGGCGGGCGCCCCAGGACAAGGGGCGCUUCUUCCUGCUGACCCCCACGGAUCCUAGUAUUUGUACGCAGGUGGGGAGAAGCGAAGCGGCAGCCCCCAUUCGACGAGCGAUCAAGCACUGCCGCUCUAGAAAGGGGCUGCUGGAUCAUUUGGCCUCUGCCUCAUGCAAGGGCUUGCUGGACACUAGCGUUCUCGCCGCAAGCCUGCAGACAUGUGGCAAUCAGCAAUGGUGGGACACGCUGAAGGCCGUUUUGGCUUUGGGUCGGGAGGGCCAGGUUCCAUUCAAUGGCAUAGCGCUGUGCGUGUUGUUUAGGGCUCUGGUGUCUUGUGUGCGCACGUUUGGUGUACCUCCAAAGCCCUUGUCCAGACGGAAAGAGCAUGCGCUAAAGUUGGCCAAAAGGGCUUUGGGCGACUAUGUUCCCGUGUCGGAGAUCGAUUUCAACUCCCUCCUCUCCAGCAUGUGCCGGUUAUGUGAUGAAAUCGGCUCUGCAGCAGCACUUGCCUGGGCAGAUGAGAAGUGGAGCAUUUCCGAAGGCUUUGGCUUUCGCAGGGAUAUCGUGACCUACUGCACACGGCUGCAGCUGUUGGAGCGUCAUGGACGGCAGAAGGAAGUCGAUGUCAUUCUACGCAACUACUUGACUGGUCCAGAUCUUUCUCCGAAUGCUGUUGUGCUGGGUGGCUUGGUGAACGCAGCGGCCACAAAUUGCGAUUGGAAGAGAGCUGACAAGUUGUGGUCUUAUUUGGUUGGAAGGCGGCAUGUUGAGCCACAUGAACCGGCUUACUUGGCUUUUGCAAAGGCACAUUUGCUGUCAGGAAAGCCUGCGGAGGCUGCGUGCAUCAUUGAAGAUAUGUUGGCCAAAGGCUUUGGCGCUGACGACUACAAAGUUGCUGUGGACUAUUUGCAAAGUUUGGUGGUUGUUGCCCACUCUGCGCCGACUCCAGCCAACCUGUCCAAGCUCACCUCCGCCCUGGCCAACGCAGAUCUGGUGGCGGCAGCCACUCGAGGGAACGUCCCGAAUUCCGCCAGGGUCUGGUGGGGAAGCCUCUCUCAAGUGGUAGACGCCUUGCAGGGCGGUGUGUUGGAGCUGCGGCUUAAGGAUGUUCUUGUGACCAGCAAUGCAAAGGAGCAUAGCAUCAUGAAGGAUUGGGAGAACUUUCAAGCAGGUUCAGCCUAUCUAGGAUGUAGAUCUUGA